GUCAUAAAAUUAGAGAGAGAGAGAGAGAGAGAUAACUAUAAACAGUCCAGAACCAUCGACAUAACCUUAUGUCGGUGUCCAGAACUCACAGACUAAAACAUGGGAAGAAAAAUUCCGGGAAGGAAGCAUCGUGGAAUAAGAGAUCCAGAAAAACAAGCAGCCGCUAGAUUUGAGAGUAUAAAAGAUAAGAUCAAUGCUCCACCUUUGAAACCAGAUGAGCAGCAAAUAUCAAAAAGUCUUCAGAGAUUCAUUGACUUGAAAAACAAGGUAAAAAGUGGAACUUAUCAUACCAAACAUUUAAAAAAAUCGCCAUCAGAGGAUGGCAAAUCACCUAAGAAAAAUAAAAAUGAAGCUGAAGUACUCAAGGCAAAACAAGCCAAACGAAUUCCAACUUUUAAACAAGCAGAAGGCGAGUCUGAUAGAGAUUUCGUGAAACGCAUCAAUAGAAUAUGUAUGGAUGUUACACGAGAAGCUGCUUACGAAGAAAAAUAUGGGGUGGAAAUCCGGAGAAAUGAAGAUGGUGAAGUUGAAGGAGUUGUCAAAAGGCCAAAAGAUGAAUUGGAAUUGUAUUUAAAGAAACUCAAAAAAGAUAAAAAUAGCAAUAAAAAGAAAAAGAAGAAAAAUAAUGAAAAGGAUUCUCCAAGGUUAUCUAAAUGGCAAAAACGACAAAAAAAAUUGAAGCUGAAAAAGAUGGAUAAAAACUUAUUUCAUGAAGAUGAUAUAGAAAAAUAUAAGGAUACAAUUAAAUUUGGGGAAGUGGCUCAUGCACCUCCAUCUUUAAUUACCCCAAGGAAAGUUGGAACACAACAAAAUGCACCAAGACCGGGAACCAAAAAUUUGCUCCUCAAUUCCAUUCUUCAACCUAAGGAUUUAUUGACCAAAAGCACGUCAGUUCCUACACAAAAGGAAAGUUUACGUAAAAUUUCAAAUAAUGUUAUUGACAGAAAAGGAAAGAGAAAAGAUUUGCCAAAUGCUUUGAGGAGACAACUGGAAAAACAACAAAAAGAAAUCAUUGGUGCUUAUAAAGAACUCAAAGCAAAUAAAUAUUCUGGUAAAAGUUAAUCUAUUUUCUGUAAAAUAACAAUAAAUACAAUUAACAAAUAUUA